AUUUCCGGUCGGAGGAAGAGGUCGUCAGCAGGCUGUGAGUUGGAGCUGGGGAUCUGGAGCUGCUGUUUAAUCAGCAGGGUUACAGUUACAGGGCUGUGUCUGAAUUAAACUCGGGGUCUGAGGGUGUUUAAGACCAGCAAGCUCAGAUGUCGUGGAUCAGGGAAGGUGAACUAAGCCUACUGGAGAGGCUCACUGCCAAUGUCCUAAAGGCAGGGCCCAUGCCCAAGCAUGUGGCCUUCAUUAUGGAUGGCAAUAGACGCUAUGCCCAGAAGAGACAUGUGGAGAGGCAGGAGGGCCACACACAGGGCUUUGACAAGCUGGCUGAAACACUACGCUGGUGUUUGAACCUGGGCAUCCACGAGGUGACCGUUUACGCCUUUAGCAUAGAGAACUUCAAGCGCUCUAAAGAGGAGGUGGGCGGCCUGAUGGAGCUCGCAAAGGAGAAGUUCCUCCGCCUGCUGGACGAACAAGAGAACCUGGAGAAGCAUGGCGUUUGUAUCCGGGUGCUGGGAGACCUCACAUUACUGCCAGAAGAUCUGCAGCGGCACAUCGCAAAAGCUGUGGUGUCGACCAGAGCACAUAACAAGUGUUUUCUGAACGUGUGCUUUGCAUAUACGUCAAGACAUGAAAUUGCCAACGCAGUGAAAGAGAUGGCUUGGGGUGUCGAGCAGGGCCUGAUAAAGUCCAGUGACGUGUCGGAGGCGCUGCUGAACGAGUGCCUGUACACCAGCAGCUCCCCAAACCCCGACCUGCUCAUCCGGACGUCUGGGGAGGUCCGACUCAGUGACUUUCUACUGUGGCAGACUUCUCACUCUUGCAUAGUGUUCCAGUCCAUCCUGUGGCCAGAAUACUCCUUCUGGAACCUCUGUGAAGCUAUAUUACAGUACCAGCAGAAUCACCACGCUAUACAGAAAGCUCGUGAGGUACACAGAGAGGGCCAGGCCGUGCAGCAGCUGGAGUCGGAUCACUCGUGUGUGGCUGAACUCCUCCAGCACCGGGGCAAUGGGAAGCCCGUGGACCCCCAGUGCAGACAGACGGCCCUGCAGAGCUACGCUGCGAGUCGGGAGGAGAGAGUGCAGCGCUUCAUCGGAGCUCUGCAGCAGAAAAGAGACACUUUCUUCGAUCAUCUGUUGAGUCCAACCGCCGUGGCUUAGUGCUCUGCUCUCCUGAAGCAGCAGCAGCAGCUAACGGUCCUGAUCCUGGAGUUCCCAUACUGGACUCAUUUUAGUGGUUGUCCUGCUUUUAAAGGAGAACUCUGGUAUGAAAUGGGCUUGGGCUGUAUAUAGUAAAACAUGUUAACAAGUAACUUUUGUCAAAUAGCCCAUCUCUUUUGUCCUUCAGCAUUCUCAAAUACAGCACUUUUAGCCGAUGCUCCCAACAGGCUUACAGUGAUAUCUGUAUGGGGCACAAAGUUAUACCUAUGCAAAGAAACUACUAUUUUCACUCCAUUAACAAGCUUAAAAUAGGGGCUCCAAGUGAUCCAACAGACCAAGGUGCUGCCCCUAUGAUCGGGAGAUCGCUGGUUCGAAUCCCGGUCAUGCAGCUUGCCAUCAGCUGCCGGAGCCCUGAGAGAGCACAGUUGGUUUUGCUCUCUCUGUCUGGGUGGGUACAGUAGAUGGUGCUCUCUCCCCACAUCACUCCAAAGGGUGAUGUCGAUCAGCACAAGGCUGCGUCUGUGAGCUGAUGUAUCAGAACCGAGUCGCUGCGCUUUCCUCCAAGUGUGCUGUGAUGCUACUCGGCAGUUUAAAAGGAGGCAGAGUCUGACUUCACAUGUAUUAGAGCAGGCAUGUGCUAGUCUUUAUUACUAGUGAUAGGGGGAAUCCUUAUGAGUGUGUUGAGUGAUUGGGUUAAGUAAUUGGAGAAAAUGGGAUACAAAUUAGUAAUAUUUUUAUAAAAACACAGUUUAUACACACAAUAACUUGAGGUAGGAUAUGGGAACAGAUUGCAAAAUGAAAUCCGUGGAAAUGCAUAAAUAUUACAGAGUUUGAAUUCAUGCAUGUUCACUUUGAGCUUGUUGUAAACAGGGUCAAAUUGCGGUAAAAAUAAUGAUUUCUUUGCAUGGGCAAUGCUAUGCCCCUAUCACUAGCAUUGUAAGCCUGUUGGGAAUGUAAGCUAAAAGUGCUCUAUUUUGGAAUUCUGGGGGUGAAUGGAGGUGGGCUAUUCAACAGAAGUUCACACUCAUUAUCAUGUUUCACUACAACCCAAGUCCAUUUCACACCAGAGUUCUCCUUUAACACACUCACUGAGGACAGACCUGAUAGACUCAUUAAAAAUCAAGGGUAAUACAGGUUCCUCUGAUAUUUUGGCUUUAGGAUUAGCUUUAAUUUGGUCUAAAACACAGGUUUCAAACCUGAGAUCCAGUUCCUAGUCCCAGGCUUUGUGAUUCCUUGGUAGGUGUGACAAUAAGUGGCCAAUCAGUUGCAUUAUUUAGAACAAUAUCCAGGAUUUACUGUUCAGAUUUUUAAAUGGGGAACCAGAAGUGGUUUAUCUGUGGAAGGGGUGCCCAGUUUUAGUGUAGAUGAUAGUUUGGUUUGAGAGGAUGCAUGAAAAUCUGCAUAAUUCAGUGUUUGGGAUGCAAACAGUCAUACAGAAUCUGGGUUUGGUGUGAAAUUGUGGUUCAUUAUAGAGAAACUAUGAUUAGGGUUUGAUUUCUUUACAGUGGUGGUGAAAGGAAACCAUGGUCACCACAACUGAAGCACGUGUAUAGACAUUUUAUUAACUAUCCAAACUAGAGAUGCACUUAAAAUGAAAAUAUUUGCCCGAAAGUCAAAAACCGAACCUGGUUUUAAAGCAGGUUUUCAUUCGUUUUGACACUUUUUUUUUUACCACUGAAUGAACUGAAAUUAAAUAGUGUACAUUUAUAUUUUCUCUGUCAUUUUAAACAGCAGACAAAUCAACAUUAUACAAUAUAUUAACCAGAACAUUUCUAUUUUAGUCAUAAAUUUACCUCAGCAGUGCUAUUCAAGUCUUUUGUAAGGGAAUCUAGACAGGAGAUCUACACUAUGUAAGGGAAUCUACCUUCUAUUGGUAAACAAACAAAUGCUAAGGCCUGAUACAAACUGAUACAAACACAAAAGUGAUGCCGAGCACUUUAUUUUGUUUAAUUUGUUUAAGUAGAGUAUAAAAAUGAACUUGUUGAAAGAAGGCCUGUCAACGCUACUUAAAAUAUAUUCAAAAUAUAUAAUGUUUCUCCCGCUAAACGAAACGCUACAAUAUGACUUAAAAUAAACAUUUUUAUGUACAUGCAUAGCACACGUAGAAUUAUUUUAUUAACUUCGCAAAUAGAGAUGCACUGAAAUAAAAAUAUUUGGCUGAAAGUCGUAUACCGAACCUGGUUUUAAGGCAGGUUUUCAUUCAUUUUGACACUUUUUAACCACUAAAUGGAUAAAAUCGAAUAGUAUAAAUUUAUUUUGUCUGAUAUUUUAAAGAAUCACAGCAGACAAACCAACAACAUACAAUAGAUUUAAUUGAACAUUUCUAUUCUAGUCAUGAAUUUACCUCAGCAGUGCUACUUAAGGCCUAUGUAAGGGAAUCUACACACUGAUUGGCACAUCUACACAGGAACACCUGUGUGUGUUGGUAAACAAACAAAUGCUAUGGCCAAUUUAGCUCCGCUAACGUUACUAUUCUAGCCCUGUGCAGCUUAUAACUUUCAGUUGGAAAACAGAAGUUUGUAAAAGUGUACAAAACUGAUACAAAAAACAAGUGUAAAAAUGAACUUAAACAUGCCGUUUGUCGAGAGAAGGCCUGCCAACGCUACUUAAAAUAUACUCUGUUUAAAGGAAACGCUGCAAUACGACUUAAAGUAAACUUUUUUUGGUAUGAAUUAUUUAGUUUAUCUUAUUCCCUUACUGUGCAGUUUUGCCAUUUCCUGCUACGUAUUUUCAGUUACAACUGUUCGGUGCAUCUCUAACCAGAACCCAUAUAAUAGGGAAUAAUUAUGCUUAAAUAGUGGAAAAUCUGAGUGAAAAAACUUUAAAAAAAUGAUUUAAGAGGUUAUCUGCGAUACAUUUAGGCCACAUUAUAGUAGACACAUUUGUCUACCACGUGUUAAUGCAUGUGGUUUAAAACCCUUUAAGAAUACAAUCCAGAUACUAGUCACACGGCGUUACCAGGUGUAAAUGGGUCUAGAACAGAGCUUUUCACACCAAGCCCAUUCAUUCUCUCGUUUGCAUCUUAAGCAUUCAAUUAUGCAUCAUUUCACAAAAGAAGUUGUGAAAUUCCUCUUUUUAGAAAUCUUAAAUGUUUUUUUUUCCUCUCCAAAGUUUCUUAAAGGAGAACUCCGGAGUAAAAUGGACUUUUGUUGUUUUAAAACAUGAAAAAAGUACUUACCUUUAAAGAUUAGCCUUUGCACUUAGCACUUUGUUCUCCCACAGCGUUCCGAGAUCCAGAAACUUUACCAGUUUGUCCAAACACCCUUCAGACUGGGUGAUAGGGGGCAUAAUUUACCCUAAUAAAUCACUUUUUACACCGUUAUCCAGCUCAAAGUAGCUCCACACCUCCUUGCUAGAAUCCAGAGAGCCCUGAUAUUUAAAACGAGGCAACUUAAAAAGUGCACAAGAAGCUUAUUAAAAACCACUGUUUGCAUCCUAUAAUGCUAGCUUCAGCUCCAAGCGCCACCAUCACUGUACUGAUAAUAACAUAGACAUAUAUAUGCAUAGACUCCGCAUAGCAUAGUAUAGCAGCCAGGAGUGUUUUUUAAUAUCAAAGCUCUCUGGGUUCUAGCAAGGAGGUGUGGAGCUACUUUGAGCUGAAUAACAGUGGAAAAAGCGAUUAUGCCCCGUAUCUCCCAGUCUGAAGGGUGUUUGGACAAACUGUUAAAAUUUCUGGAUCUCAGAACGCUGUGGGACAACGGAGGUGUGCUAUUCAUCAAAGAUAAAUACUUUUUAUCAUGUUUUACUACAGCAAAAGUCCAUUUUACACCAGAGUUCUCCUUUAAAUACUGUAUGUUCUCAAUAUUACGAUACAUGCAUCACCUCCAGCUUUUAACAUUUGGUUGUUUUCAGUCAGAAUAGUGAGUUAAAUUGCCAUCGCCAACCAGCUAAAGCCUAUUUAAACCUCAUCACAUGCUGUCUGUGAUGGGCUAGAAUUGAUAUACCAUGCAUCAAAGCAAUUUAUAGCUUAUCUAAGACUAUAAUUAAGAUGUUUUUGGAACUGGACAUGACCAGUCGUGCUGUAACUGCAUAAGACAGAAGCUGUAAAGCCUAAAUGGUUUUUAUAUUUGCUGAUUUUGUAUAUAUACUCUAGACGAGAAUGGUGUUGUACCCAGUUUUAUGGGGCAGUGGACUAUAUUUAUACUUGUCGUCUUAAUGACUGUUCUGGACUGUAUGGCUGCAUCCCAAUUGCAUACUAUAUACUAAUACUACAAGGUAAAACUGUAUUUUAAUCUUCUAAUGUUGUUGGUUUGGCAGAUAAGUACUCAAAAUAUGAAUGUACUACCUUGUUUUGUAUUAACAGCAGGUUCUGAGUAUGUAUCAUAGAUAAAGUUGGGUAUAUACUCAAAUAUUGACAGAUUUUCAGUAUGUAUGGAGGAUUUAGUUGAGUAUAUACUCAAAUAAUGACAGAUUCUGAGUAUGUAUCAGGGAUUUAGUUGAGUAUAUACUCAUAUAAUGACUGAUUCUGAGUAUGUAUUGUGGAUUUAGUUGAGUAUAUACUCAAAUAUUGACAAUCUAAGUAUGUAUUAUGGAUGUAGUUGAGUAUAUACUCAAAUAUUUACAGAUUUUCAGUAUGUAUUGAGGAUUUAGUUGAGUAUAUACUCAAAUAUUGACUGUUUCUGAGUAUGUAUCAUGGAUUUAGUUGAGUACAUACUCAAAUGUUGACAGAUUCUGACUAUGUAUUGUGGAUUUAUUUGAAUAUAUACUCAAAUAUUGACUAAUUCUGAGUGUAUCAUGGAUUUAGUUGAGUAUAUAUUCAAAUAUUGAUGGAUUCUGACUAUGUAUUGAGGAUUUUGUUGAACAUAUACUUAAAUGUUGAAAGAUUCUGAGUAUAUUGUGGAUUUAUUUGAUUAUAUCCUCAAGUAUUGACAGAUUCUGAGUAUGUAUCAUUGAGGAGUAUACUCAAAUAUCAAUUGGUUCUGGUCAUGUAUCGUGGAUGUAGUUCAGUAUACUAAAAUAUAGACUGGUUCUGAUUUUGUAUUGUGGUUAUUUGAGUAUACUCAACUUUUUACACUUGUAUUUAACCUACAUACUCAAACAAUAGUGUGUACUAGUAAUUAGUGCACAAUUGGGAUGCACCUUGUGUGUUUCAAAAUGUAAAAUGAUUUCUGCCAAAUAACAGAUUAAUUUUAUCUAGAUAACAGUCGCUGAUAUAGAAGACGGAGAGCUAAAGAGCUAACACUGAUUUCUCAAUUUUACUGUGACAACAUGUACAUAAUGACAGAUGUCUCAAAAAAUAAAGAGAUUAAAAUCAAAA